GACCAGAAUUCAACCCCAUCUUACGAUGCAUUCCGCCGUCGCUCCGCCACCGUCUCCUGCCGAAACCCUUGAUCAAACCACCGCCCUUCUCUGUCACCUUCUGCCUGCUUCUCUAUCCAUCCACUCCUUCCCCGGCCGCUGGCAAGUUUUGCGGUUUAAACUCGCUACUCUCAAGUCCCUUCUCUCUGAACUUUCCUAUUCCACCCACUGGUCGGAAAACCAACUCCUCCUAACGCUGCUUCCUAACCUCCUAUCCACCCUCCGCCGCAUUCAAACCCUAUGCGACCAAUGCACCGAUCCAACUUACACCGCUGGUAAGCUUCUUAUGCAGAGCGAUCUUGACAUGGCCACCGGUUGGCUCGCUAAACAGCUUCAUGACCUCGAUUUGCUACUUCGCUCUGGCGUUCUUCGUCAGUCCAACGCGAUUGUUCUCUCUCAACCCGCCCCUGGCUCGGCUAAAGAAGAUUUGAGUUUUUUUAUUAGAGAUCUUUUCACGAGAUUGCAGAUCGGAGGGGUGGAAUUCAAGAGAAAGGCGUUGGAAUCUCUUCUUCAAUUGCUCGUAGAAGACGAGAAAGCAGCGACGUUAGUUGCUAAGGAAGGUAAUAUUGGCUAUCUGAUUAAUCUAUUUGAUGUGAACACUCAUCGAGAACAGUCUGUCUCUGCGAUAUCCAUCCUCGCCUGCGCAAGCGAUCAGUCUAGAAAAACGGUUUUCGAGGAAGGUGGACUAGGGCCGUUGUUGAGAAUCGUUGAAUCCGGUUCGCUUCAAUUGAAGGAAAAGGCGUCCAUGGCCGUGGAAGCAAUCACCGCCGACCCUGAUAAUGCGUGGGCGAUUUCCGCCUACGGCGGUGUUCCGAUACUCCUUGAUGUCUGCAGGUCUGGUUCAUUAACAGCGCAAUCUCACGCUAUAGGUGCGAUUAGAAACGUGGCUUCCGUUGAAGAUAUUCGCAUCUGUUUAGGUGAAGAAGCCGCCGUGCCGGUUAUAGUUGGACUACUGUCGUCUGGUGCUCCGGCUUCAAAAGAGAAGGCAGCCAAUUGCAUCUCAAUCCUUGCAUCAUCGAGCGAGUAUUUUAGGUCUCUCAUAAUACAAGAGAAAGGUUUGCAAAAGCUACUACAAUUGCUUCACCAAUCUUCAAAUCCAGAUACGAUAGAACACGUAUUACGCGCAAUUCACUCCCUCUCAGCCUCAGAUUCUGUUUGUCGGUUAUUAUCUUCAUCAUCCAUGUUCAUAACGCAAAUCUCGGGACUCAUCAAACAAGGGAAUUUCACUCUACAACAAAUCUCGACCUCCAUCUUAGCUCAUUUGUCGAUAAGCGACGGUAACAAGCGCGCAAUCGCCGGAUGUAUGGGAUCUUUGAUGAAGCUAACGGAAUUCGCUAAACCGGCAGGCUUACAAGAAGCGGCGGUGAAAGCUUUAGUUGCUUUGUUGACGGUGAAACCGAACAGGAAGGAAUUCGUAAAGGACGAAAAGAACAUGAUGAGACUGAUUCAGAUGCUGGAUCCAACGAAUGAAUCGGUGCCAAAGAAAUUUCCGGUUGCGAUUGUCUACGCUUUGAUGACCGGAGGAAGCAAUGGUUGCCGGAAAAGGCUGGUAGAUGCCGGUGCACAAGGUCAUUUACAGAGGCUGAACGAAAUCGACGUCGCCGGAGCUAAAAAAGCGUUACAUAGACUUUCCGGCAACCGGCUGAAGAAUAUAUUCAGCCGGACUUGGAGGGAAUAAAAAUAAAAGUUUCUAACCCCCGCCAAAUGGAAAAAAAGGAGCCUGGAUUGGACUCAUUUAACUACCAAACACGAUCUUGGUAAUACCCUCCUUUUAUAUUGAUGUCUUAUUAUUAUUGUUAUAAUUAAAAAAAAUGAUUUAAUUAUUAUACAAACUUAUAUAAGAACGGUAAGGAUGCGGUUUUUAGGGAGUAUCCUCGUUUUUUUUUUUGGUUUGUUUUGUUUUGUUUUGUUUUAUUUUUUUUUUAAUUGAUUGACAAUGUAAAUUAGAUGAGGCUAGUUGUUUUUAGUGUAAUGGCCCAAAUCUUUAGUUAGCAAGUGUGAAUCUUGUCCUUCCAGACUUUGUUUGUAUUUAUUUAUAUUAUAUACCCUUCUUUCCUUUCA